UCGUCUCUCCUCGCAUCAAAAAGUGACCGCCAGACGUCGCGACCGGUCCUCCGCAUCGGCGCCGCCGCUGGUACCACAACAAGCUCUAAGAACCGCCGGGUCCUCGACGGCUACGUCAGUCCCGUGUGACGUAUCGCGCCUCUUCUUCUGUCAAAAUACCUCUCCAUCUUCGGGGAUAGAUUGACAUCGGUCGUUACCGGAAAUAGGAGUGUUUUUAUUUUGCAUCGAGAGAGAUAAUUGUCAACGAUGAGGGUGUUGGUUGUGGCGAUGGUUAUUUGCGCCUUGUGGCUGGUCGGCGAGACUGAGGCCAAGCGUAAGCGAAAGUUCGAGGGCGACUUCGAGUUCGCCGAAGAGGAUGACACGAAAUCUGUUAAGUCAGGAGAGAAGAAGCGAUGGAUACACGACCCAUCAAGUGAUUUGUGCAGACCGUUGAACUGUAAAAAGAAAGAAAUUUGCCUACUCGAAGACACGUUCACGGCGGUCUGCGUAUCCAGAAAGGAACUGAAGAAGAACGGAGACAUUGUAGUUCCUAAAUCACCUUCAAAAACUGAAGAUCCUAAAUCGAAAGACGAAGAUGAGGAUGAUGAUGUCUUCUAUGACACCGAAGAUGAUUCUGAUGACGAAACUAGUGACGAUAUCAGUGAACCAAGUGUAUGCCGUCCAUGUCCAGUAGUAAAACCAAUAUUCCUCUGUGGAUCAGAUAAUCGUACCUACAGCUCGCUAUGUAGAUUAGACUUCCACAACUGUAUUCAUCAUACUGUCAUUAAAGUGGGGUGCAAAGGAUUUUGUCCAUGCAAAGACAAUGAAAACAAAUUGCGGAAAAAGCAGCAACGCCAAUCAGAUCGGCUCAGCAAUUUCAUCAACAAGUACAAGGCGACGCUGGACAAGGGCGGAGACGGCGCUAGCUCUAUAAACGGGGUUCGACCAGAGAAACCUUCUGCUAAGAACGACGUCUACUCAUUUGUUCCGCAAGAUAUCAAGUAUGACAACAAGCAUUACAAGUACAUCAAGUACACCAAAUACAAUAAGGACAACAACAAUUAUGUUUACGCUGACGACAAGGAGCGUAUGAGAGGCUAUAACGAAGUGACGGACAACAAAGGCAUCUACUCAAACUCGAUUACCGGUGCGGAUCCGGCCUUGCCCAUCGCUAAACAAUGUUCGCCGACGGCCCUCCAGGCCAUGGGCAAUCGGCUGCUCGAUUGGUUCUCGGUGGUCAUGGCCGACUCGUCCAAGAGGAGAAGACCGAGGAACAAGUCCAAAGUUCAUUUCCCAACGACAUGCAAGGGUGAAGUACGAUGGAUGUUCCAACACCUCGACAUGAAUGCUGAUUCCAAGCUGUCUCUCCAGGAGCUGUACGACCUUGAACACGACCAGAGCGAAGUCUGCCUGAAGCCGUUCCUGCAACAGUGUGACGUCGACCGUGAUGUCAUCGUCACUCCCAUCGAAUGGUGCAAGUGUUUCCAGAGAACCGAGAGACCAUGCGCUGCAGUCAGGCGUAAAAUAACACCAGAUUUGUUAGGAGUGUACGUCCCGGAAUGCGACAACCAGGGCUACUACAAGCCGAUCCAGUGCCACAGCGCCAUCGGAAUGUGCUGGUGCGUCGACAAACACGGCGUCGAAUUCGCCAAUACCCGCAGUCACUCCAAACCUAAUUGUGACACCAUCAUGAAAUCGAAUGAGGCGAAGCAGCAAGAAACCCGUAAGAGCAACAGCGUGGAUAACUCCAGCGACGACGAAGACGACGACGAUCAAGAUAUAGAAGGCAGUGCAGACCAUCCUUCAGACUACUAAUCACUCUUGAUAGUCUUUUAAAAUUAAUUCAUUCGAAAUAAAAAUGGGUAAGGUAUCGCUAAGCAGUACCUUUUUGGUGUAUGGCGUCAUGAAAAUCAGAAUUCUUUCAUUUGGUAAAAAAUCAUAGAUAGCAUAAUAAUAUCUUUUCCCGUCAUGAUUGGGCUCAGCGAUUACUUACCAUUUAACUUUAGUGACGCCUAUUUCAAACAUGUCUUCAUUUGCUUUUACCUAUCCAGGAACUUUGAGACUCACGAUUAUAUGUCAAAUGUGUGUUAAACAAACUAGUAUAUUUAGAGAAAAAGAAAUAAUAUAUUCCGAUAAGUCCAUGUAGCAGAUUUUUUAGGUUCUUCUUUAUUUUUUUAUGAUAAUACAAAGGUAUUCUUUAAAAUGUUCUAUUUAUUUCUGAAAAAAAUAGAUUUAUUAGGAAAAGUAGUGAGAGGUGAGUUAAGGUAGGUGUUGAAGAAGGCCUAAAUAUUUAUUCAACUUCAACUUAAUAUUGAUUAAUGUUUUAAUUCAAUUUAAACAUGCAUAAAAGUAUAAUUAAAUUUACUAGUGAAUGGGUUUCAAUUAUGUCAAGCCCAUCAUUAAUAUCGAAAUAGCAAGAGUUUCCAACAAAUCCUCACUACUUUUCUCUAAACGUACUAUCAUUAAUUGGCCUUAAGUUGUAGUCAUAUUAAAUAAUUAUUAUAAAUGUAUAUACAUUCCAUAGAUUAUAAUAAUUUUUGUAAGUACUUAUUUGAUUUUUAGAGAAGUGAUAUACCGUUAUUUUGAUGCAAUAUUAAAUUUAGUAGAAUAUAUUACGUAGGAAUGAUAUUUUUAUGCAUUUGUAAGCCGCUGUAAUAUUUAGAUGUGUUCCAGUUAAAACCUGAAAUCAGUUAACAGAUAAAUAAUAGUAAAUAUUUUGAGUUAGUGUAUAAAUAGUGGACAAGUAUUGUGUAUUAUAUUGCAAUAUAAAGUGUUCUAGUACACACAUAUCUAUAUAGAACCCGAAAGAUCAAGGUUCAUUUAUUCAAACAGAUCUACCACUUUUACUACUUGUUUGUUGACCCUUAAAAAAAGUAUAACAAUGCGGCGUUGUUAUAAAUUGGCGCCCAACGUGGGGCUUCAAUUUAUAACAACCUGUUGUAAAGUGAAUAAAUGCUGAAAAUAUGUCUUUGUAUUGACACGCUAACCUUCAAAAAGUAAAUUUCUUGUUCUUUCUUUUGAAUUUGAGCACCAGUGAAAGUCAAAAAUUAUCAGAGAGUUAUAAUAUCGAAGACCAUAUCGAUUGGUACCUCAAGAGCAGAAGAACAAAAGAAACGGGAAAAGACAAGCGAGUCAACAAGUCAACAUUAACAUUUUAUGUGGUUGAAAAUAAAAGUUUUUUAAUAUUUGUUUUUGUUACAGUUUGUUUCAAUUACAAACACUGUAUAAAUUGAUUUCAUGGUUUUAACUGUAACAAAUGUACGGAAUAGUAAUCUAAUAUGCCACAGCUUUAAUGUUAUCGUGCCGUCAAGGAUAAGAAAGUCUAACUAUUUAGCUAAAAUAUUUUAGUGUAAAAUGUCUGACGUAAUGAAAAAGCCACUGUAGCCAAUAUAGUGUCCCCC